UACAUGACGUAGAGCCAGCAAUGUCGGCUUUCUGAGAGAGGCGUGAAAAUUAACGUUGAUGUGUUCGUUUUUUAGGACUACAGUGGCCACACCGUGAGCAAAAUGAUGACAUCUCUAGAGCUGAGUUCUACUUGAUCAGAUAAUUAUUACGAUGGCCUACAAGCCGCUAGAGAACCUGAAGGGGCAUGUUGUGAGCAAACCUCCCCUCGUCAUUUUCAUUGCUUGCAUGUUCCUCUUUGCUCUGUCCGUCUUUAUCCUUGGCUACUACUUCAAGCACAGUGAGGUUCCAAAUUAUGAUAUGUCCGAGGAUUGGAACACCUUCUUGGAUGAUUUAUCCAGUGUUGACUUUUGCCUUACCGUGAACGAGUCUACUGUGACGACAGUGCUCGCAACAGAGAAUCCCAACAAACUGGACAACAACACGACUAUCUCUGCAGUGACGAGUCCAUCGCAAGACGAAGAGGAUGACUGGUCCAUGAGAAGAAACAUUUCUCUGUCUGUCAUGGUUAUGAUCGAUCCCUCAAUAUACAUGGCCAAAACCAUUACAAAUGUUACAAUGUUUUCAAGUCUAAUUCCUGCAAGUUUGCUUGGGAAAGAAGGCUCUGAAGAGAUGGUCAGUGUACAGUUUGAGGUUCCCCACCCGCUGAAGCCCCCACAGUGCAAUGACCCCACUGUGUGUAGUCUCGGUGUGCAGACUUGUCUCAUGCUGACUGGGCCAGCAUCUGUCUUUCCCACAUCAAGACGUCCAGCAACGUGCAAUACCACCGACUCCCACCAUGAGAAUAGUUCAGCGUGGAUGAGCUUUCGACCAAAAGGUCAAGCUAUUGAUAGUUGGUGCACUCAAGGAACAGUUGCUCAUGCUAAGCACAAGUUUGAUCCUCAUCUCACAGUAAUGUUAAGUUCGGCUGAGCAGUCCCUGAUCAACCUACAUUUGAUGUACACCAGUUACUUCAUGUUUUUUAUGGUAAUCAUGUGGGUCUGCUAUGCACUUCUCAAAGGACCACCGACUAAACAGAGAAAUGUGCACAAUACAAGCACUGAAAAAAAGAUCCAGCCAGGCGUUUGAAGUGAAAGCUGGACAUUCAGAUCCAUUGGUGCACAUUAUACUUUGUGUGUACUUCACGACACUGGACAUAAAUGACAGAAUUUGAUGUAACUGUGUUAUUGUUAAUUUAUGCUGCAGUUCAGAGAAAAAGUGAACAAUACCCUAAAUGGGAUGCAAUUGAAGUGACAUCACUAUGAAGGUAAAUGUGAACAUUUUAAGCAAAUGAUGCCUGUUUGCUGUUGAUUGGCUUGGUUGACAGCAUGGUCAGCAAGGAGAUAGUGGUCAUCAAACCGAGUCUAAUUAAUUUUGUGCUUGUCAAGGAAGUGAUUCUGGUGAUAAAAAAUAACUGGUAUCAUCCACUCUACCUAAUCCACUCUUGUGAAGGUUUGUGACAUCUGGACAAAGAGGUUCAAUGAAAACCAGCUUUGAUGGAAGGACUCGUCAAGACAAUUGGGAACACUGGUUUCCCAAUGCACGGUAUGCAAGUACAUGUACAUGUAUAUGUAUGAUGACAAUGUUCAGAUAAUCCAGCAGAUGUUCAAGAUAGCCAGCUAACCUUCAGGCAGGGCUGUUGAAGCAGAACAAAAUACAAAUUGUAUAUUGAAGUUGCAUAAACCAAUGCUGAUGACAGUGGCUUUUUCCACAUGAAUAUUAAGGUGAUGCUGGAAGGUUUUGUUGCAGAGCAAUGAUUGAUUUGGGGCAAAUUUUGAAUCUGUUGAUCUAAGAAGUUUGAUGCACUGUAUUAUAUACAGUACAUGUAUUGUGGUUUGGUGGUUUCCGUCACAUCAUAGUAUCAUGUGAGAGGAUAGAGGAUUUUCGUGUGGAUUGUAUCACUAUAAGUCAGAUGAUGCAUGGAGUUUUUGAUUUGCUCUCAUUUCCAAUUAAAAAAAAAAAAUUCUUCAUGUGUAAGUGAUAGAAAAGCAGAGAAAACCCAAUGAAAAUGAACACUGCAUCAUAGAUAAAAUCUAGUUAAAGAUUUUGCACAUUAAGGAGGGGCAGGUUGAACUUUUAAUCGUUAAAAAACGCUGCAAAUUUUGUUCUCAAUUGAUCUCAUUUCCCCCAUAAUGUUUGUUGUUGAGUGUGAGUUAAGAUUGUAGGAUCCAUAGACUUUUGUAGACGUUCAGUGAGGGGAUUUAAAAUCUGUACUGUACAUCGUGUGAUUAUAAUGAUCUGUAUAUUUUAAAUUAUUUUAUGUCACUUUCAAUGAGAUUUUAAAAGGCUUGUAUUGCUACAUUCCAUUCAAGGACCCAGGACGAAUAUAUCACACUGAUGGCGACUGGAAUAUUAGGCUUUUUUAUUUGUGUGUUAUUUUUUUUAGCAGUUUAUUUUAAAUCCCAGUUAAUGUGGCAUGUACCCAUUAGACAACUUCAAGGACAGGAACAUAAUGUAAGUGUGCAUGCCUUGAGUUCAGGACAUCUUGAAAUUAUUAUUCUUUUGAAAUAUCUCAAUGCACACAAAAGGGUUAUUUUGGAACAAGGUAGAAAAGUGAAACAGAUUAUUUCACUAAAUUAGUUAAGGAUUAAUUUAAAGGUUUUUCAAACGUAACCUAGUUCAGAAGCCUGGUAGAGUGUUACCAAAUGCUUGUACAUGUAUAUAACAAAAUCAUACCAUCAUGAUUUGUUGUGGAGGAGCUUCAAACUUUACUUGUUCUGUUUAGCCCAUUUCACUUCGUGAGGAAUUGACUGAUAUGGAAUUUGCAAACGAUGAAUGUUUGUAGACAUCAACCUGUGCUUCAAGGAGAAGUGGUAUGCAAGAAACUGUUAGCUGUGAAACAUUUGACUGUGUUUUGAUUAGAUGUGCUACAACUGCUGUACACAUUUGUACAUGUAAAUGACAAAGUCAACAUAGGCAAUGUGUUUUUGAAAAUCAUCCAGUUUGAAUUUGAGCUACUUUACAAGACCCUUGUGCCUAUAGUUAAUAGCUUUCGGACGAGUUUAACUUGUUUGUUCAUGGUAAUAUAUUUGUUAGUUGUUUGUAGAAACAAAAGUUUUCUUAAAUGCCUUUCAUGAGUGUCAAGCUGGCACUGUACAUGUUUGUGUGUUUUUGUGUGUAAAGUAGUUUACAGGUUAUUAUGUAAGCCUUAUGCACUCUACACUAAUAUUGUAUCGGUUGGUUUAUACAACUACACAUGUACAUGUAGUUGGAAGUCAGGAAGCAGACAAACCUGUUGGUUUUCCAUAACUGAUUGAAUUUUGAACCCAUUCUGAUGACUUUUAGGCUACAUUUUGUUGUUGUUGAAUACUUCAAGUGUUCUUGGACAAGAAACUUAAGCUAAGCAAGAAAAUAUUUGAAGAAAUUGGUUAAAAAUUCGGCUAGUCUCAUUAUUGAUAGAUCGAUCUCUUUCAACUCCUUAAUUGCUUAUAAUAUGGGGCUUAUGUAAGUUCACUCAAUUUGUCUGUUUGUCAUGUAGUGUACAUGUGAAGCUGUAUAAUGGAUUCAAACAAAUUUUAUUUUAGUUGAUAAAAAUGAAAGUAGUGCAUGGAAUGUAAAUAUGAAUUAAUGUAAAUGUAUAUGGUUAAGUGUGGUUAUUCAACAAAAAAUACCUUGACACAAAUUUGUCAAGCAUCAACAAGAUUGUCUUGUUUUUUAUUACUCUAAAUUAUUGUUCCCCAGAAACUAUACUGUACCUUUGUGCUAAGUUGAAGUAAAUAUAGGGCAUGGUAUUUUAACAAUCUGGGAUCAUAAGAAAACUAUGUAAUAAUUGUGAUUUUCCCAGAUUAGCAUAGCAUGUGGUUAUUUUCUCUGUGUGAGCUCAGCAGAGGACAGGAUGACAAAGGUAAGAAAUGACAUGUACAUGUACAUGUAUUGUGUUAAUGUUCAUGUAUUAUGUAAAUGAACCUAUGGUCUCACUUGUUUCCAGACACGAUAAACAUCGUCUUUAUGUACAUUUGUAUAGUGUUCAACAGAGCAGGUUUGUAUUACAACUUCCCUUUAUACGUUGUUAGUCAGAAUGUAUAGUAGGGCACGAUAACCUUGGAAUAAGUGAAAUCUACUUAUUUAAUUUGUUCAGGAAGCCCCAAAAGUGUGACCACUCCACAAGGCGAGGUAUAUACAAAAUACAUAUACGUACAUGUAAAUUGUAUUUUGUAGCCGUGUUUGGCACAAUCCAAUUCAACUUCUCCAUACGGAUUCCAGUUCAAUGGUUUGUAAGGUGUCUAAUAUUAUUAUACAUGUACAUGUACCAUGAGUUGGCAAGAACCAUUAUCAACAAGUGGACCCAUGCACACACCAUUAUUUGAUGGUUUAAUGUGUAUAUUAAUUGUGCUGCAAGAUCAAUACGAUUACAUGUACUUACUUCAAACUGAUGGGUCAUACGAAAAUUAAUAAAUUCAACAAUUUUUCAUUCAAUUAAUAUAAUGUAGACAAUUGAAACCAGGACCAGUACCGCUUUGGCAAUAAAUAAACACAAGGAAUUGAUUACAUUA